AUGAGUACCAGCGGCGGCGCCGUGGAGACGGUGGCGGUGGCGGUGAAGAGCGCCGACGGUAGAGGCAGCCGGCGGGCGGUGAGGUGGGCGGUCGAGAACCUGAUCGACAAAGUCGAUCGCCUUGUUCUGGUUCAUGUCAUGCCCGUCAUCACUUCCGUUCCCACUCCGUCAGGUGGUAGCAUCUCCCUCAAGGAGCUUGAUGCAAGUGUAGCGGAAAUGUAUGUUCGAGAUACGAUGCAAAAAUGUGAAGAAGAUCUUUUGACUUUUAAGCAUAUAUAUAGUACAGAAAAGAUGGAGACGCUGUUACUGGAAGGAGACAAUCCUGCCUAUGCUCUUCUAAGGUAUAUAUCCGACUCAAGAAUUUCAAGUUUGGUGCUGGGUUCUUGCUCGUCCAAUUACUUUGCUAGGAAACCCAAUUAUGAGGUGCCAUCAGUUAUUCUCAAACAUGCUCCUGAUACAUGCAACGUCUAUGUGAUCUCUAUUGAUAAGCUUGUGUCUAAUUCAUCGAACCCUAUGUUAAGAACUGGUACAGAUAUCGGUUCUCGUGGAUGUAGUAGACAAACAUCCGCGCUUUCUUCCUCACCUGCAGACUCCAUAUACCAUGACUGCCUCUCAGGCGCUAAUCAACCGAAGUCUCAUGCAUCAACGUCUAGUUUCUCUUCUUUGUAUUCAUGUGAUCUUCAAGAAAACCCCACUCAAGCCUCCGAAGAUAGAUUCUCAGAUAUACCCAGGAGCAAAAGAUUUUCAUCCAUUUCUUCGUCCUGCUCAGAGCAGUCAGAAAUUCAGGCUGAAAUAGACCAACUGCGUCUAGAGCUGGAGAACACCCUAACCAUGUAUAAUCGAGCUCGCCAAGACUUGGUCCGUGCACAAAACAAGGUCCUGUUGCUUUCUUCUGAAUGCACUCAAGAAGCACAGAGGGCAACUGCUGCACGGAAAAGGGAGCAGGAUCUAAGGAAAAUUGCUGCUCUGGAGAAAGAGAAAUACCUGGAAGCCGAGAAGGAGGUUGAGACUGCAAAAGCACUUCUAGCGAAAGAGACAUAUGAAAGGCAGAUGGCUGAACUGAAAGCCCGUCAAGAGUCGCUCGAAAAGAAGAGAAUUGCUGAUGCAUUAUUAUCUAGCGAUCAGAGGUACCGAAGGUACACAAGAGAUGAUAUACACAUGGCGACUGGCUUUUUUGCGGAGGAUAUUAUGAUUGGUGAAGGAGGAUAUGGUAAAGUUUACAAGUGCAGCCUUGAUCACACCUUAGUCGCCGUGAAAGUUCUUCGUCCUGAUACGUCCGCUGGCAAGGAGGAAUUUCUGAAAGAGAUAGAAGUUCUCAGCCAGUUGCGCCAUCCCCACAUAGUCCUACUCAUCGGGGCCUGUCCCGAACUCGGCUGCAUCGUGUACGAAUACAUGGAGAACGGAAGUCUCGAAGAUCACAUCCUUAAACGAAACAACAGACCUCCUCUCCCCUGGCCCGUCAGAUUCCGCAUUGCCUUCGAAAUAGCCUGUGGCCUCGCCUUUCUCCACCAUGCAAAGCCCGAACCCAUUGUUCACCGGGACCUAAAGCCCGGAAACAUUUUACUCGACAGGCAUCUCGUCAGCAAAAUCGGGGACGUAGGCCUGGCGAAAAUCAUUUCCGAUGUCGUCCCUGACAACGUCACGGAAUAUCGUGACUCUGUUGUGGCCGGUACACUUUUCUACAUAGACCCCGAGUACCACAGGACGGGUACCCUCCGCCCGAAAUCUGAUCUCUACUCUUUGGGAGUAAUAAUUUUGCAGCUAUUGGCCGCUCGUCAUCCCAAGGGGCUUAUAGGAAGAUUCGAGAAUGCUGUUAGAAAUGGUACCUUUUCGGAUGUUCUUGAUAAGUCGAUUUCUGAUUGGCCACUAGCCGAAGCACAAGAACUAGCACUGGUUGCACUCGAGUGCUGCAAACUGAGGUGUAGAGAUCGACCGGACCUUGAAACGGGGGUUUUGCCGGUUUUGAAAAGGCUCGCUGAAUUUUCUGGUUCUAUUGGCUUGAGCGAGAGGGAUCACAGACGGGCGCCUAAACACUAUUACUGCCCAAUCCUUCAGGAAAUAAUGGAUAAUCCCUAUGUAGCCGCUGAUGGUUUCACGUAUGAGCAUGAUGCGAUAAAAGCAUGGGUCGACCGACACAAUGUAUCUCCUGUGACGAAACAGAAACUACCACAUAAGAUGCUAACUCCCAAUCAUACUCUGCUUUCUGCUAUUCAAGACUGGAAAAAGAGCGCAAUGCCAUCAAGGGAAUGA